UCUUUUCCUCUUCAUUUCUCAAUUUUCUCUGUUACUUCUCAAAUUCCCAGCUCAAAUUUUCCGAUUUCGCUUCUUCUUCUUCUCCAAUCGUUCUAGGGUUAGGGUUUCGAUUCCUCUUCCGAUUCAAUCCAGUACUGUGGGACCUGAUUCGUCUCCCGUGCUUGGAACCCACGACGACGCCAUGGGAGGUGGUGAAGCUGCCGCUGAAGGUACCACGGAGACGAACACCACCGACGGUGUCAACGUCAACAUCAACAUUCGCUGCUCCAAUGGUUCCAAGUUUACCGUUCAGAUUACCCUCGAUUCCACCGUCGGAUCCUUCAAGGAGGCGGUUGCCUCCAACUGCGACAUCCCUACCGAUCAGCAGCGUCUGAUUUACAAGGGUCGGAUCCUCAAGGAUGAUCAAACCCUGCAGAGCUAUGGUUUGGAGGCAGACCAUACUGUUCAUUUGGUUCGUGGUUUUGCGGCUUCCAACGCUACUGGCGGGACUAAUACUAGUGGGGCUAAUACCACAACAACUAAUACGAGAGGUGCUGGUGCUAAUGAAGGUGGUGGGGGUUUAGGAGGGCCUGGGCUUGGAGCUUCGUUGUUCCCGGGACUAGGUGUCAAUGGGAUGGCAGGCAGUGGCCUUAGCGGCUUAUUUGGAGCGAACCUUCCAGAUCUUGAACAAAUUCAGCAGCCCUUUUUGAAUAAUCCCAAUAUGGUCAGAGAAAUAAUGAACACCCCGGCUAUGCAGAAUUUGAUAAACAAUCCCGAGAUAGUGCGCAAUCUUAUAAUGAAUAACCCACAGAUGCAAGAGCUCAUGGAUAGAAACCCUGAGCUGGCACACAUACUUAAUGAUCCCAGCACACUUCGCCAGACACUUGAAGCUACAAGGAACCCUGAGAUCAUGCGCGAAAUGAUGAGGAAUACAGACAGAGCCAUGAGCAACAUUGAGUCUUCUCCUGAGGGAUUCAACAUGCUGAGGCGCAUGUAUGAAAAUGUUCAAGAACCAUUUUUAAAUGCCACUACAAUGGCUGGUAAUACAGGAAAUGAUGGUGUCAGGAAUCAAUCAACUAAUCCCUCAACGACUAAUUCUGAAGCAACUUCCCCUGUUCCAAAUACUAACCCACUUCCUAAUCCUUGGUCCUCCACUGGAACUGGAGGUGCACAAGGCAACACCAGAAGGCCAACUGCUGGUGGGGAUGCUCGGCAGCAGGCACUCACUGGACUAGGAGGACUUGGUGUGCCAGAUCUUGAAGGCAUGAUGGGUGGUAUGCCAGAUCCUGCUAUGUUGACCCAAUUAAUGCAAAAUCCAGCUAUUUCACAAAUGAUGCAGAGUAUCCUUUCCAAUCCACAGACUAUGAAUCAGAUUCUUGGUCUCAAUACUGAGCAGCGUGGCAUGCCUGAUCUAAACUCACUAAGAGAUGUGAUGCAAAACCCAGAGUUUCUUCGCUUAUUUUCCUCACCUGAGACACUGCAGCAACUCAUGUCUUUCCAGCAAUCUCUUAUGUCUCAAGUUGGCCAGCAGCAACCAACACCGGGGGAACCAGGUCAAACCGGUGGAGGCACUGGAUCAUUGAACAACAUGGGGUUGGAGAUGUUAUCAAGCAUGUUUGGUGGACUUGGAGCUGGUAGCUUAGCUGUUCCGAACAGAUCAAAUGAGCCACCAGAGCAAUUGUAUGCCACCCAACUUUCCCAGCUUCAAGAGAUGGGGUUCUUUGACACGCAAGAGAACAUAAGGGCUCUUAUCGCUACGUCAGGGAAUGUUCAUGCAGCAGUUGAGCGGCUUUUGGGGAACACUGGACAGUAGCAGGUGGCAAGGGACAAGUGACUAGCAAUUUAUAUCCCAAACGCUAAAAUCUGGUGCGAGAUGUUUAUUGAUUUAGCUUCGAUUUUUCGUCAUGGGAAUUAUGUUUAAAUACAUCUGUUGAUUUUUUCGCAAUCAUAUUUAGAAUUUAAUUUAAUGGUACAUCCAAUACUCCAAAUUAUUAGUCAUACAUUCAACUACAAGAAAAUACAAGGGCCUUUUGUACCUUCAAACAUUUGCCCGUUUGCACGGAUUGGCCUCAUAGAUACAUUCAAAAGAAGAGGUUUAUGUUAAUUAUAUAAUUAUGAAGGCUUACUUUCUCUUUCCUUUUA